AUGAACCGCGCAAUCAUAGAUAAAGAGGCAAGCGCAAUUGUGUUCGGGUUCAAACGCUUUUACGGUUUCAUCUACGGCAAGGAAAUUAUAUUACGAACCGAUCACAAGCCUCUACAAUAUAUUUUCAGCCCUAAAAAAGGCAUUCCCUUGACGGCGGCCGGAAGGCUACAGAGAGCAGCGUGUUUUCUGUCCGGAUUUAAUUACAAAAUUGAAUAUAUUAAAUCAAAGGAUAAUGGAAACUGUGACGCUUUAUCGCGAUUACCUAUUGAAGACGAUACAGACACGCUGUACUCUGACCUUUCACCUAUAUAUUACAUUGAUAAAGGGUUCGUGACAAUCGAUUGUAAAACUAUACAAACAGAAACGCAACGCGAUGAAACUCUUAAGAAAAUAAUGUUAUAUGUAAAAGAUGGUUGGCCUAAUGUGAUUCCAGAGUCAGUAAAAAAAUUCAAAAACAAAAAAGACGAACUUUCUCUCGAAAGUGGAUGUUUAUUUUGGGGAAUAAGAAUUAUUAUUCCAGAGAAACUUAGGGCAAUACUCUUACGUGAAUUACAUAUGUCACACAUGGGCAUGGUUAAAAUUAAAAUGCUCGCCAGGUCGUACGUCUGGUGGCCAAACAUCGACGACAACAUCGAAAAUUUAGUCAAGUCGUGUAAAAUUUGCAAUGAAAUGCAAAAAAAUCCACCCAAAGCAAUUUUAACGUCAUGGCCUUGGCCAGAAAAAGCUUGGUCGCGCAUACACCUUGAUUUCUUGGGUCCCUUCUUGGGUCAUAUAUUUCUGGUUGUCAUUGAUGCUCAUUCUAAAUGGCCCGAAAUAAUCAAUUUUAAAAAUAAUACAAAGACAUAUCGCGUGAUCGAAGAAUGUAAAAACCUGUUUGCGAGAUUUAGAUUUCCCUUACGUGUUGUAUCUGAUAAUGGGCCGCAAUUUAGAAGCUCCGAGUUUCAUGAUUUUUAA